UCCCUUGCCUCCUUGUUUCAGGUGAAAGCAACUGGCUGAUAGUUGCAACCGGAGUGGCAGACUGUUACUACAAUGUGACUGACCUGCCAGCAGGGGGCUCCUUCAGGUUCAGAGUGGCUUGUGUCAACAAAGCCGGUCAGGGCCCCUACAGCAACCUGUCAGAGGUUGUGACUCUGGAUCCCACUGAACCAGCCAAGUCCAGUUCUUCUGUGGUGGUGAAGACCGUUCCCGCCACAAGUCCAGCGCCCGCUGUGGUCAUGAUGUCGUCCAUGAAAGUGCCUCCCAUUAAACCAGCUCCCAGUAAAUCCACUACUGUGACCACAGUCCCAACUCCUGCAUCUUCAGUGGCUAAAUCUCCGUCUCCUGUAGCCAUUAAGCCAGCUGUUGGCCAUCCUGCAGGAACUGAACCCACCUCAGCUGACCAAGCGCCAGUCACACCCCCGAAAGCCAAGACCUCCAUCAGCAUCAGCGUCAGCAAACCUCAGGCGAAGCUGACGCCUCCGCCUGUUGUUCCACCCAAACCCCAGAGUCCUGUUCUUGCAUUCCCCUCAACGAUUAACAAGCCACCUUCUCCGGUACCAACGUCUGCUCCUCCAAUAGGGAAGCCGAUUUCCUCUGUGCCAAUGUAUGUUCCCGCAGCAACAGCUCGUUCUACGCCGCCUUCUCAAGUUACUUCCACCCCAGCGACGACAGCACCCUCCGUCACUCCGCUCGCACUUUCCCCUCCCGUUGUGAUAGUGCAGAGCCUGACGCCGGUUCUGCAGGGAGGGGACAGUCGCGGUACUCCAAGUGGACGGAUCACCCCGUCUGGACGCCUCACACCGUCUGGACGCAGGACGCCGCUGGGCAAGGCUGGGGAGGGAUCUUUACGCCAGGGCGUUCCGCAGAAACCUUACACCUUCAUGGACGAGAAAGCAAGAGGCCGGUUCGGUGUGAUCCGGGAGUGUCGUGAGAACGCCACAGGAAACCUCUUCAUGGCGAAGAUCGUUCCCUACGAGGCGGACACCAAGCAGGCGGUGCUGCAGGAGUACGACAUCCUCAAAUCCCUCCACCACGACAGGAUCAUGGCGCUGCACGAGGCCUACGUCACGCCGCGCUACCUGGUGCUCAUCUCUGAGUACUGCAGCGGGAGGGAGUUGCUCUACAGCCUCAUAGAAAGGUUCCGUUACUCUGAGGAUGACGUGGUGACGUACAUCGUGCAGAUCCUCCAGGGUCUGGACUACCUCCACGCGCGCCGCAUUCUGCACCUGGACAUCAAGCCGGAGAACAUCAUAGUGACGCACAUGAACCUUAUCAAGAUCAUCGACUUCGGCAGCGCUCAGACGUACAACCCUCUGUUCCUCAAGCAGUUCAGCCCUCCGAUUGGAACGCUGCAGUACAUGUCUCCGGAGAUGUUGAAGGGAGACGUUGUGGGUCCUCCGGCUGACAUCUGGAGCGUGGGUGUGUUGACUUUCAUCAUGUUGAGUGGCAGGUCACCUUUCAUGGAAAAUGAUCCUCAGGAGACUGAAGCCAAGAUCCUGGCCGCCAAGUUUGACCUCUCUAAACUCUACCAGAAUGUGUCCCAAAGUGCCUCCUUGUUCCUGAAAAAGAUCCUCUGUAGCUACCCCUGGGCCCGUCCGUCCAUCAAGGACUGCUUCAGUAACUCCUGGCUUCAAGAUGCCUACCUGAUGCGGCUCCGCAGGCAGACGCUCACCUUUACAACCACGCGUCUCAAGGAGUUCCUGGCCGACCAGCAGCGGCGGCGGCAGGAGGUCGCCACCAAGCACAAGGUCCUACUGCGGUCCUACUCGAGUUCGCCACAAACGCCCACCAGCCCCAACGCGCCGACUGUGCCCGUGUCAGCCUCCACACCGGUGACUCAGUGAAAACAGGCUUCCAAAUAUCCGCUGGCAGGACGCGCCGUUCCACACACCACUUCCUGGUUCCCAACAGGAAGCUGAGAAACUUCCUUCACCACUAAGGGAACUCUGGGUAAAGCUGAAGGAAGCGGUAUGAACAUUGUCAUACAGAAGAGGAGGACGCUGUCUUCAAACUAUACCUCAAAGUUUGCAACUUUUACAUUUGUUUUGAAUUUAAUCCUUCUUUUCGUACCACUAAGUUUACGAUAAUGAGAGAAACAUGUUACAGGAGCCUAAUGCGGAAGGCUUAACGAUGUAAUUAGUCGAUGUAAAUAAAACGCUCUCCUCCAAAUUGAGGAAGACUUAUCCUUCAACAAAAUCCAUAUUUAGAUUUGGGCUGGGCAAUAUGGCUGAAAAACAUAUCACAAUACAGGCGUUUCAUAUCAGUCAAUAUUGAUAAUUAUUGAUUAGUUUUUUAUUUUAAAUACUGCCAAACUGGUGGCCUGACCUUUCUGGUUUAUCCAGUUUCCAGUUUCUGCUCCUUUUUUUAUUUUUAAGCAGUUAUUAGACACAGUAGGGGAACUUCAAACUGCUGCUGGCUUAAUUACCCAGCAGGCUGUUGCUAGGUAACCGACAUUGGUUGCUAGGUAACUGACCUUGAAACCGCACACAGCAGGUCGUUACUAAGCAAUUAGAGAGAGAGUGAGUUGAUGAGUUAGUUGAUUCCACCAGCUUUGUUUAGCUAGUCUGGAGAGGUUGAACAGCUAAAGUCUUUCCUCUGCCUACAUCCCCCAGAAUGCCGUGCGAUUCUGGAUCAGAUUUCAGGAAAUUACUGGACAUUCUAUCUAUUGAUAUUGAUCACAUGUAUACUGCAAUAUAUAAUGUUAUUGAUUUAUUGUCCAGCCCUAAUUUAGGUCAAGAAAUGAAGACAGUUUAGUUUAUGUUUUGCCUGCUUCUGUUUCCCAGAUUAACAGCGGAGUGGUUAACGCGGUUCUCGAACGUCUCAGCUGUGCUACACGUGCACCGAUGUCGCUGUAGCAUCUCAGUGAAGGUCAGGAAUGUAGCAUUUCAAGAAUUAACUACUUCCCGUUUUGAUUUUUUCGUUUAAUGUCUUCAGUUCAGAAGUCACAUCAAUGGCUUCCAUACAAGGGCUACAAGUAAAGAAUCUGAACAUCUGCUGAUCAUACACAGGAAAAAAGCGACGACUGUCUAACUUUUUUAAAUGUUGUGAUACGGUUACUAUCUUCACUCUUCCAUAUAAAACUAAUUUUCUUCCAGCAGGGAUGUUAACAGCAGAAGUGUUUCUCUAAUGGCAGGUACGGAGGAUAGCAACCUUUAGCAUACAACUAAAAAACGACAGCACAUUUCUACCAAAUAUUAGCUAUUAAUUUUCAGUCUCAAUCAUAUCUAGCUAUUAGUUAGUGAAUCCUAAGGUCUUAAACAACAACGCUAUGAACUAAUUUAGUAUUCAGAACAGUAAAUAACUGCCUGAAGUUCUCAUAUUGGAAAAAGGUUUCUAAACUGCUACUUUUCUAACUUCCUGUCACACCUAGCUAUGCUGCAGUACUAAUACUUGGAACAUAAUAAGCUAAUACUUAGAAAAUAAACAGUCCUGAAAGUUUUUGCUUUCUUUGAAGCAAAGGCUCAUACGAGUUUUUAAAUGCUAGUUCUUUAGCUUUCUGUAGCAGCUAGCUACAGUACAGUUACAACAUGACAGUUAGAUUCAGUCAAACUUUGAAAAAAAAUUCUGUCCUUUCUAUUUUUACAAGUUAGAAUUAUUAGAAAUCAUCAGUAAUGAGGCCAGGCUAGCAGCACUGCAAUGCUAGCACUCAAUCUCCUACUUUUCAAACUUCCAGAGGUCAGUAGCUGUGCUGUUGUGCUAACAUCAGCUUGAAGAAUCAAGAAGAAAGUUAGUUUGUUAUAUUAUUCCCUUAAUGUGUCACUCCAAUUAGCAUUUUUGUUAGCAUUAUUCCCCAUGAAACAAAAACAUUUUCUUCCCUCACAAUUUUCUGCUGUUCAGUUGCUGAAAACUACUGAACAGUAGUUCAGUAGUUAGCUAGCUAAGGGGUUAGCUAACUGUUUCCCAUUCUAAAACCUACAGGGCUUACAAAGAAAGCUAGCCACCUGUUCACUCAGUUCACCCAAACACUUCCAGUCAGAUAAGUGUGACGUAUUUAAUCCAGAGGUAAUUGCACUUUUUUUAAAGCUAAAUAUAGUUUUUACUAUACGCUUUGCUCAAACAGGCUCCAACUAACUGUUAAUUUGAGUAGGACUAAAGUAAAUGAAUAACUGGAUUAGAGUUCUCACAGUGAGUUGCAGAGUGUUCAAGAAUUUAAUCUGAAUGUAAAGGUUAGGAAAGUUAUUGUUUUAGCUAAUGCUGUUUUUGUAAUUUUCUUUUUGUACAAUAUUGUUUCUGAAAGGCACAAAUCUUUUGGCAUUGCUAAUUAUUUACAACACACUGUAAACUGCAGACUGAAUGUCAAAAUCAGAUACUCAAACAUGCUCAGUUUCAGCACAUUGACAGUUACAGAUUCUAGUCAUUUAAUCAUAAAUGAACAGUUCAGCUGGUUUAGUUUCAUGUACAGUGAACCAGGUUCAGCCUAUUCAGUAUUUGUGGGAAAAUUUGAUCAUUUACAUUUUUUUCCAUAAAGUAAUGCAACUUGAGAAGCUAUUGGCUGGUUUUUACAAAGCAGCCAAUCUGGAAGUGCCAUUUUCUUUCCUUGGCACUGAUUGGCUGUAACCCCAAGACAGGAAAUGAGGAAGACUGUGAAUGUUAGCUCGUUCCCACUGUGUGUAUUAAUUAAUAAUAAGGUAUGUUUUGUGUUUGAACUAUUAAAAUAGGCAGGUUUUUUAAAGUUAUUGCAGAUUUUAACUGUUGGCUCUGGUCAGUCGCCUCCACAGGGUUCACUGUAUCUUUUCUUUCUAUCUGGUCACGUUUGAUUUUAAAAGCAGCAUACAUAAUAUUUUUAUAUGGAAGCACAUUUUAAAAUAACUUAAGGAAAAUAACUAUCAUUUCAAGAAGUCACCAGUUAUAUAUUUAUAUGUUUACAAACUGACAAAUGCUGCUGAUUUUUCUGUGAAAUCUUUUCACAGGUUUAUUUAUUCUGUUUGGUUUGGCCGACUGAUUCCGCCCCUCUUCUAUAUUUGCAUUGCAGUCAUUUUUCUAUGCAGAAAACUUCAACCUGAAUGAAAACAUGGGCAUGCAAGUGCAAAAAAGUGUUGUGCAGUAUGAGAACCCAAUUCCUCAAUGACUAAAUGAAGUGACAGGGUUUCGCCACGUUUUGUAGAAUAAUCAGAAGAUAUUUUGUUGCAGUGCCUCGUGAUGAAGUUUAGACCCAGAGGGUAAAAAUAAUGUAGUUUAAAGGAUGACUUGUUUAUUUUUAAUGUGAGCGCUUUGUGUGUGUGCGUGCGUGUUUUGGCUAAAAUUGUUAAUUUCUUGAGCGACUGUGUUUGUCACUAUGGCUUCAGCUUUUUAUUUGUGAAAUGGCUUGACAGGUGUUACUGUUAUGAAAAAUAAAAGAAACAAUUAAAUAUAA